AUGUCUUUUGCCGCGCCGAUUGCCUCAACCCUCUUCUCUCGCCUCUUCCGUCCCUUCUCAACCAGCUCGCCAAUCCUCUCCGUGACCCCUGAGUCGCAAGCGCGGAAUAUGUCCACCACCACUGAGAAGGCCACCGUCGCCGCGGGCUGCUUCUGGGGCGUCGAGCACCUGUUCCGCAAGCACUUUGGCAACGGCAAGGGUCUUCUCGAUGCAAAGGUCGGUUACUGUGGUGGCCAGACCUCUUCGCCAUCCUACCGCGCCGUGUGCAGCGGUGACACUGGCCAUGCCGAAGCUCUCCAGAUCUCCUUUGAUCCCUCCGUCGUGACGUACCGCCAGCUCCUCGAGUUCUUCUAUCGUAUGCACGAUGCGACGACGAUGAACCGUCAGGGCCCUGACGUCGGCACCCAGUACCGCAGCGCGAUCUUCACGCACGGCGAGGAACAGCAGAAGGUUGCGGAGGAGGUUACGGAUAAGGUCAGCAAGGAGUGGUUCAAGCAGCCUGUGUCGACCCAGGUCCUGCCUGCUGGUCAGUGGUGGGAUGCCGAGGAGUACCACCAGCUGUACCUGAACAAGAACCCCGCUGGAUACGAGUGCCCUGCUCAUUUCGUGCGAACCUUCCCCCCUCUUUCGGAGUGA